AUGAUACCGCUGUACGACAGUGACCUGGAUGACGAUGAAGAGGAGGAUGAUGCAGAGGAGGAUCUGGAAGUGCACAGGUUGCCAGAUCUGCUGUUCCGACGGCCCCCUCYGCUCRUGCAGUACWCUGCAGCCCUGCACUCACCCUAUGGUGAAGACCAGGAGGAAGAGGCACAGAGAGGGGAACUCACCCUGGUCAGCCACAUAGAUGAUUCCUUUGGGGAUGACUGRAGUGUGAGCUGUGCUGACUGUGAGAACGGAGCAGUGUGUGGUGUGGACAGAGAACACUGUGAAUGUACACCUGGAUGGACUGGCGUCAUCUGCAACGAGYGUUGCCCACAAGGAUACUUUGGGAYACACUGUAGGCGGAYGUGUAACUGCCCCAACAACGGGSGCUGCCACCGUCUCUAUGGAGCCUGUCUGUGUGCCCCWGGGCUGUACGGGCGCUUCUGCCACCUGCCUUGUCCCAGGUGGACCCACYGUGUUGGCUGCUCUGAGGAGUGUGACUGUGUUCUGGAACAUUCCCUGGGCUGCCAUCCCAAGAACGGGACCUGUCUGUGCAAACCUGGCCACCACGGCUCUCAGUGUCAGCAAAAGUGUGAUCCAGGGUUCUAUGGUAGUGGCUGUUGGCAGCGGUGUGACUGUCCAGUUGGGGAGACCUGUGACCCUAGGAGUGGAGAGUGCACCCGGAGGUGUCCUGCAGGGCUCCAUGGGAACCUGUGUCAGRUGGCCUGCAGUGCUGGUCAGUUCGGGGAGAACUGCCUCCGGARGUGUGUGUGUGGAGGAGAACCCUGUGACCCCAUGACAGGAGAGUGUAUCUGCCCUGUUGGGAAGACAGGAAAGGCCUGUCAACAAGACUGCCCAGAGGGAUUAUGGGGGUUGAAGUGCCAGUUCCAAUGUAGAGCGUGUGAUAACGGAGCUUCCUGCAACAAGCAGACAGGAGUCUGUAACUGCAGCCCUGGGUACACAGGACAACUCUGCCAGACUGUGUGUCCAACAGGGUCCUAUGGACCAGGCUGUGUGAGCACCUGUGUCUGUCACCCUGAUGCCAGCUGUGACCAUGUCACCGGACACUGCAUCUGUCCCCCGGGGCGAACAGGACACAUCUGCACCAAGCGUAAGCAACACCAUCACACAUACAGUCCUGUGAGGAGGGGUCCUGGGCUCUGGGUGCUCCAACAGGUGCCAGUGUGCAGACCGAGCCCUGAGUUGUAUGCUGUGACUGGACGCUGUGUGUGUGAGGCUGGCUUCACUGGAGACCACUGUGAACAGAUGUGUGUGGAGGGCAGCUAUGGUUUGGGCUGUGCCCUGGACUGUCAAUGUCAGCACGGGGCUCUGUGUGAUCAUGUGAGUGGAGCCUGCACCUGCCUCUCUGGAUGGACCGGAAGCUUCUGUGAGAAAUGUGCCCGGACGGCUUUUACGGCCUUGACUGUGGCCAGAUGUGCGAGUGCAGGAACGGUGCCCGCUGCCACCACAUCACAGGAGCCUGCCUCUGCACCCCUGGCUGGUCGGGACCACACUGCAUUCUGGCCUGCCCUGAGGGUGGUUUUGGGAAGAACUGCAGCCGGAGCUGUGAGUGUCAGAACGGGGCCACCUGUGACCACGUCAGCGGCCGUUGCAGCUGUGGAGCUGGAUGGACCGGAGCCAGCUGCCAAGAGGCCUGUUCUGCUGGGAGGUAUGGAGAGGACUGUUCCCAGCUGUGUCUGUGCCAGCAUGGAGGCUUCUGUGACAGGGUGACUGGCCAGUGUUCCUGCCCCAGAGGGUGGACCGGAGCAGCCUGCGAGCUGGACUGUGGGGAGGGGCACUAUGGAGAGGGGUGCACACAAACCUGCAGCUGUCAGAACGGAGGAUCAUGUGACAGAGUGACUGGGGGGUGUA